UUAAGAUUGAGCGGACACUUCACACUGUUGGUAACUUAUACAUCGUCAGUCUAUCCAUUGCUGAUCUUAUUGUGGGUAUGGCUGUCAUGCCACUGAACAUUAUCUAUCUUAUCAAUGACAAAUGGGUCCUGGGAAGGCCAGCCUGUUUAUUUUGGCUCUCGAUGGAUUAUGUAGCAAGCACGGCCUCUAUAUUUAGUCUUUUCAUAUUGUGCAUUGAUCGCUAUCGCUCCAUUCAGCAGCCAUUGCAGUAUUUGAAAUAUCGGACUAAGACCAGGGCUUCAGUGAUGAUUUCUGGAGCAUGGCUUCUUUCUUGCAUGUGGAUCAUCCCUAUUUUAGGUUGGCAUGUAUUUGCAAAUGGUGGAAACAGAUCUGUGCCUGAACAUACAUGUGAAACCGAGUUCCAUAAGGUGACUUGGUUUAAAGUGCUCACUGCCAUAUUGAAUUUCUAUAUCCCUUCCUUGUUAAUGUUGUGGUUCUAUGCUAAAAUUUAUAAAGCAGUAAGGGAACACUACCAGCAUAGAGUUCUUAUCAACGGCUCAUUCCAGUUAUAUUAUGACAGUAAAUUUGUGAGAAAUGUUAAAGUGCUGAAGAAGACAGAGGAUUGUAUUCAUAACCAGUGUUCUAAUGGGAUGCUUAUGGUUCCCAAAACAAAUUGUCAAACUCAUUACACGGCAGUCUCAAAGGUUUUCACUCAACAAAGUACUUUGCAAGACCAUUUCCAGCUGGAGGGUUUUGAAACCCAGCAGGAGUUUGACACAUGUGACAAUAAAGUGGUCAAAUUGCACUGUUUUCCUCUCACAAUCCUGAAGACUCACCCAGAAGAAUGCAGGAAUUAUGUAACUGUCACUAGGGGGAAAUUAAAAGACCAUCACUGUUGUGAAAACCAAGAGUUGACAGAUAUAUCUGAAGAACAUACGUUUGCUGAAGCUCCUUCGUGUAUUAUGGAAACCAGUCGGAUAGAGGAAUCCAAUGUUGUGCCAUCUGAGAGGAUAGAUGGUCCUGUAUCAGGGAACCUUAGCUACCUGAAGCACACUUGGCAAAGGAUUCGCUCUCAUUCCAAGCAGCACAUUCAAGGACUUCACAUGAACAGGGAGAGAAAAGCCGCCAAGCAAUUGGGCUUCAUCAUGGCAGCUUUUAUGUUAUGUUGGAUCCCAUAUUUUGUCUUAUUCAUGGUAAUAGCAUUUUGCCAAAACUGCUUCAAUCACAAUUUCCAUAUGUUUACUAUAUGGCUGGGAUAUGUAAACUCAACACUGAACCCCCUGAUUUAUCCUUUGUGUAACGAGAACUUUAAAAAGACAUUUAAAAAGAUCUUUCAUGUUGAACUGUACUGCACUGUGUGCAAGAAAGAAAAAU